GCAGCGUCACAUUCAACGGUUAACUGUUGCAUUCAACGUUUCGUUCGCUUCGGCUCUUCCACAUUUUUGCGACCGUGUGUACACCGUAUCGUUCACAUUCACAUUUACGCGCCUCUUGCCAGUCUCUGGUCUCGUAUCGUCACGUCGUUCGGUUCGGUUCGGUUCGGUUUGCGUCGGUACGCCCUCGCUUCGUAUCCGCUAGAUACGAGCGUAUUGUAUUAUCAGAAUCAUCAUCGUUGUGUGUGUGCCUCGUAUUUGUGUGCCGAAGGCGUUUUUCGUCGUCAUCAAAUCCAUAACGUCAUUUCGUUUGUUGCCGCUGCCGCCACUCAAACGGUGAGUGAGGCGAACGUGAGUCGAUUCAAGUCGUGUGCGUGUAAUUCUAGCCAUCACUGUAGCAGCAGCCGCAAUCAGCCGUGUGCGUUUCUUACUCUCAAUCACUGUACAAGCCUUUUUUGUAACGGAACCUCACAAAAAAAAAGGAGGCAAAACGAAAGAAGAAAAGUAAAGAGAAAAUAAACCUGGGAUUACAGCGCAAAUAACGGAAGGAAGGAAGGAAGGAAGCCAAAGGAAGUCUCUCAAAACCCCACCCCAACAACAAACAAAUAAACAUCAUCAUGUCACGGAUCGUUUUUGUACUACUCGCAGCCAUCUUAACAGAUGCGCUCACUGCUGGCCAAGUGAAUGUGGAGCCCAACACGGCACUCCUAAAUGAGGGCGAUCGCACAGAGCUGCUCUGCCGCUACGGACGGACCAUCAACUAUUGCCGCAUCGAAAUACCUGGCGAACAGAAGGUGCUCAAUCUCUCGCCGGAAUGGAGCAAGACACCAGGAUUCACGUACUACGGCGCCGGGCUGCAGGCCGGCCAAUGCGGUGUGACCAUCGAGCGGGUCAAGGCCAGCAAUAAUGGCCAGGUCAAGUGCAGUCUGGGCGUCGAGGGUGAGGAGCUAUCAGGCACCAUUGAUCUGGUGGUGGCAUUGCGUCCCCAGCAACCCAUCAUUGAACUGAUCUCGAAGUCCGAUCGCGAGGGCUACUUCGCCGAGCAGACCCAAUUCAUGGCCCGCUGCAGCGUACGCGAUGGCCGCCCACCAGCAAACAUCUCCUGGUACAUUGACAAUAUGCCCGCCAACAAGCAAACGAGCCAGCUGCAGGUCAUCUCGACGCCAACCAACGACAAUGUGGAGCUGUCCACCUCAGUGCAGGACAUCCAAUGGCAUUUGUCGCCCGAGGAUAGCAACAGGAAACUCGUGUGCCGUUCGCAUCACCAGACAGAUCGCGAGUCGGUGCCCCCACAGGAGGCAGCCUACAUCAUCAAUGUGCGAUAUGCACCCGUUCAUCAGUCAGAGGCCUCUGUUUAUGGAUUGUAUUUGGAUCAUACCGCCAUUGUUAAUAUCACAAUUCGGGCCAGUCCCUCGCCAAGGAUUGAGUGGACCAUCGAGGGGCUGGUCGUCUCGCAAGGCCGCACCGAGGGCCGCUAUUCGGCGUAUGAGCCACAGUAUCUGGGCAACGAUGAGUACAAUGUAACGCUGGCUAUCGCCGGACUGACGCUGGAGGAUACGACCAAAAUCUACAAUCUGCGUGCCACCAAUGCAAUCGGUCUGACGGACUACCAAGUGCGCAUCAGUUCCUCGAGCAAGCCGCCCAGCAAUAGUCUGGAUGUGGCUGCCAUUGUGGGCAUCGUUGUGGCCGUAGCUGUACUGGUUCUGGUCGUACUCCUCGUUCUGUUUGCCCGUGCCACAGGCAGAUGGUGCUUUGGCGGUAAAUCAAUCAAGACGCCCACAAAUGAGACCGACGGGCACAGCGACAAGCAGCUCGAACUGGGUGGCCUAAACCAGCAACAUGGCCAGAAUGUGGCCCUCCUUGAGACCCCCAAUGGCAUCACCCUGCUGGGCGCGAGCAAACUUAAAGAACACAAUGGAAACAGCAAUGGCAAUGGCACUACCCAGGAGCGUCUAUCCGUGGAGAGGCGUCACCACAAUGAUGAGGAUGAUUCCUUCGAGUAUGCCACCGAUCGCGAGAGCAGCGUCUAUAAUCCCACUACCCGACCACUGCGCAGUGUCCUAAUGAGCCAGGCCGGUGGACGCAACUCUCGCAGCUCGGCCAGCUCGGAGACGGAGCCACUGGCCACCGAAAAUUCAGAUCUCCUGCAGAAAGGCAACCAAUUGGGCAUACCCGAAUCGCGUUUCGCCCGCUGGCUGCCAAAGGACAAACUGGAGCUGCUCGAAAAGCAGGCAAUGCUGCUGUCGGGACGUGGCAAGGCAAUGAAUGCGGCGGCGGCAUCACCACCACCAGCCACACCACCAAAGCCACAAAAGAAAGUGCUUGCAACACCAAUAGAGACGACAGCGACAACAGCGACAACGACGACGACAAUGGCGACGCCAAAACUGCCACAGGAAACGGAAAUCUGAGAAUGCAACUGUGUGUUUGUGCGCGUGUGUGUGUGUCAUAUUUAUUUAUUUUCUCCUGCUUUGAGGCACAGGAAAUGCGGUCGCAGGACUAGGGACUGGGACAGUUUUGUAGCAGUGUCAGCAGGGAUGCCCCAGAGAUCGUUUGGAUGGGAAACCCUCUGAAAGCGCUGAAGUUUACAGGGUAUACGAUUAAAAAUACUCUUAUAGUAUUUAUCCAGCCAAUAAACAUACGAUAAUCCUUUAUUUUGAGAUUGCAAUUUAAUCACAGAUCAUAGAUCGGAGCUCCCUCUCUUUUUUCAUAAGUGAUCUAAAAACUCAACAACAAAUAUGUGACAUGUAGUCAAUAAAAUCCUUAUUUUUCUGACAACUUUCAUAGCAGUGACUCUCCAGUGUUCUCUUAGAUCAGUCAACACACUCCUUUAAAAAAUCGAGAUUAAUACAACAUUUCAUUGGAAAAGAGCUCGUGGCUGAUAUGAGUGCCUUAAACAUUCACAAACUCCUAAGAAACAAUGAUAUUUAGCA